AUGUCUAUGAUGGGUAAGAUGAAAUAUUUUCUUGGACUUCAAAUUAAGAAAAUAAAGAAUGGCAUCUUCAUAAACCAAUCCAAGCAUUGUAAAGAGUUGUUGGAAAGAUUUGAUAUGGAUAAUUACAAAGUGAUGGCUACUCCAAUGGGUUCUGAGACGUAUGUAGAUCAAGAUGAAUUCGGUGUUUCAAUUGAUAUCACUAAAUAUCGAGGUAUGAUUGGUUCAUUAUUAUAUUUGAUGGCAAGUCGUUCUGACAUUAUGUUUAGCGUUUGUCUUUGUGCACUCUUUCAAGCAAAUGCAAAGGAAUCUCACUUCACUGCCGUAAAGAGGAUCAUGAAGUAUCUGAAAGGAACAACAAAUGUUGGAUUUUGGUAUACCAAAGGUAGUAUAUAUGAUUUAGUUGGUUAUUCUGACCCGGAUUAUACAGGUUGUAAAAAUGAUCGCAAAACCACAACUGGAACAUGCCACAUCCUAGGAAAUGCUUUAGUGUCAUGGUCUUGUAAGAAACAAGCGUGUGUUGCUCUUAGUAAGACAAAAGCAGAAUACAUAGCAGUAGGAAGUUGUUGUGCUCAUAUUUUAUGGCUAAAACAAUAA